CUACAAAGUGAAGGAAAUAGAUCUCAACCUUUCCCAUACUGUUUUAGUUUAUUGAGACAUACCAUGGCAUCAUCGCUGUCUCUCACUGUCUUGACUCUAAUCUUUCUUCUCAUGUUUGUCAGCAGCACUAUCUCUUCAAGAACAAACAGGAAGAAAUUAGCAGAGACACACAUGGAUCAUAUGAUGAUGAAGGAACUUGCAGUUAAGAUCUUCUUCUCAACAAAUGAUUUUAAGUUGGGGAAAAAGGUGCAAUUAUAUUUUCCCAGUUCACAAGAUCAUCCUUCUAAACCUACUUCUCAUUUCUUAUCUAGAGAAGAAGCUGAUUCCCUUCCAUUUUCAUCAACUAAACUCUCCAACCUUCUCCAAAUCUUCUCUAUCUCUAAACAAUCCCCACAAGCAGAAGCCAUAAAAGAGACACUAAAAGUGUGUGAAUCCAAACCAGUUGAAGGAGAAACUAAAUUUUGUGCUACAUCCUUAGAAUCCAUGCUUGAUUCUGUUCGCGACAUCUUUACAUCUUCAUCAGCUUCAUUUUCUUUGAAUGUUUUGAGUUCCAAAAUCCAUAGAUCUCCAUCUCAAGUUGCAGUUUUACAAAACUAUACCAUAGAUGAAGUACCCAUUGAGAUAUGGGUUCCAAAACAAGUGGGUUGUCACCCUAUGUCUUACCCUUAUGCAGUUUUCUAUUGCCACCAGACAAAUAAUACAAAGCUUUACAAGGUUUCUCUGAUGGGUGAGUUAACUGAAGAAAAGGUGGAAGCUGUUGCAGUGUGUCAUAUGGAUACCUCCAAUUGGAACCCUAAUCAUGUCUCUUUCAUGGUUCUUGGGAUCAAACCUGGAACUGACCCUGUCUGUCAUUUCUUCCCUGAGGGUCAUCUUGUUUGGAUUCCUUCCAACUUAAUUGCUACUUAGCCAA